GGGGCGGGGCGGUGCAAUGGCGGUGCCGGGAGGGCUCUUCGCCGUCUACAAGCCGGCGGGGGUGGCCUGGGGCCGCGUCAGGGAGGCGGUGGAGGCGCGGCUGCUGCGUGAGCUGAACGCGCUGCCAGAGCGUGCCCCACGGCAACAGAUCCGGUUCUUGCCAGCCCCGGGCGAUGGCGAGUCCAGGGUCACGGAGCUGGUGGCCACCAGGCUCCCUGUGCUGGCUGACCACCCCCUCGUUCGAGGCCCACGGUUCAGGCGGCUGAAGAUCGGAGCAGGUCACCGUCUGGAUGUGAAAGCCUCGGGAGUCUUCGUGCUUGGCAUAGGCCACGGGAACAAGCUACUCACGGAUCUGUACAACUGCCACCUGACCAAGGUUUACACUGUUGGUGGGCUGUUUGGAAAAGCCACUGAUGACUUCUCAGACACAGGGGAGCUAGUAGAGAAGACAACAUUUGAUCAUAUCACAAGGGAAAAGCUGGAACGGAUUCUCGCUGUCAUUCAAGGAACAAACCAUAAGGCCCUGCUGAUGCAUUCUAACAUUGAUAUGAAAACACAAGAGGCGUACGAGCUGGCUGUCAAAGGGUUGCUUCGCCCCAUGGGAAAAAGCCCUCCAAUAAUCACAGCCAUCCGAUGCCUCCAGUUCAUGCUUCCAGAAUUCCAGCUAGAAAUCCAUUGCUUGCAUGAGACUCAGCAGUACCUCCGAAAAAUAGUCCACGAGAUUGGUCUGGAGCUGAAAUCAUCUGCUGUGUGCACGCAAGUGCGAAGAAUACGUGAUGGUGUUUUCACACUGGAUGAUGCUCUGCUGAGAACCCAGUGGGACCUACAGAGUAUACGAAAGGCAAUUGGGAACUGUCAGCUCAAAGUGCAAACAGAGAUAGAGAGAACACUAGGCCAUCAGCAUAAAAGCCUUCUUCAGGAGAAGGAUGUGGAGAUGGCCCACGCUGUGGACAGCUGAGUGUGUGCUGUGGAGGGAAUGUCCGCAAGCGAUGUCUGUAGCACAAUAACGCAGCUACACACUGACAGCGUGAUGGACAGCAGAAGGAAAGAGGUUAAUUGCAGUUCAUUUCCACCCUUUCCUUGAGCUGACUUUAAUCAGAGAGGCAUUUUUUUUCAGUGACAGGCUGUCUAAUGUUUUUUAAAGCAUCCCAAACAGUUCAUUAACAGGAGCUGGCUGUGCCAAAAUUCCUGUUGACUUCGGGAACAUUAGGUUGCUAAGGGAUAUAAAAACCCAUCCCCAAAUUGUUUAGCAGCAGGAAAUAGCGUCUCACAGAGCUGCAUUCCCUUGAUUGCAUGGAUUUGUUUGUUCCUUGCCACUGGCAGCAAAACUUAUCUACUAUAUGGAUUUUAUUUUCCCUCUGUUGUCUAGAGUAUUUUCUUCCUGUCAGUCCUGCUUUCAGGCACAUAAGAGCUGAAAAUCAGACUAAGAGGGAUGCGCAGGAGAAAAUAUAGCUGACGCAAAGCAAUGCAAGGAAAUGGUUAUGUCCAGAGUGGGUGCGUGUGAUGAGGCGAGUGGCUUGUAAUGGGGACUGAUGUGUAAAGCAUACCAGAAAUAAAACUAAAAGUAACCUAAAGGGGAAGAGGCUGGUUCUUAGCUCGCAGCUCAUCCACGAGCACACUGACUCAUCAAAGAAAAGAGUAUGCUGUUGCUAUUUUUUGUCUACUGAGGAACCAAGGGUGUUGGGGGUCUAUCCUGCUCUGCCACAGCUCCAUGCAGGCAGCAAGUAGUGCCCUCAGUGAAACUCUAAGCUUUGCGAUGUUAUUUGUUAUUCUUUAGUUUGUUACAGCUGGGUCUGAUUGAGCAUCAAUAUACUUUCUAAAAAAGUUAAAUUAAAAACUUGAAGUUACAUUAUUGCACUCCAUAGUUUUUCUAACUAUACACUUUGCUACCAAGUUUGGGGAUUUAUUUAUGGGAAGCAGAAGGUUUGUGCUGUUCCUCUUCAGGACUUGGACACAGGCCAGCCUAUUUCAUCCCCCCAGCUGACAGCCAUCCAGGUACAAGUCACUGGGAGGAGCAGUACAAGAGACCAUAAUGAAGUACCGAAGUGGCAGAGUGCAAUCUU